AUGCCCGUGCAUCUAGAUCGUCGGUCGUCCUCCUCGACGACCGCCGAGUUCACCGUGACGACACGCCCGCCACUCACCCUUGGCCUGCGCGUCCUCUUGGCUGCCGUGACGGUGGGACGCGUCAUCAUCGCGGCCUCGGCCGUCCUGCUUCUGUACGCAAAGUGGGAUCAAGCAUUCCCCAGGUCCCACCAGCCACCAUCGCUGUCAUCGUCACGCCACGACGGGGACGACCGGCCCGAGUCGUCGCCGCUGCUCUCGCCAGAAGGCCUCUCGGAGCUCGCGGUGCGUCUCCUGCAGCUGGGCCUGGCCUCGCCGCCGGGCCGCGUCUUUGCGUCCCUGUCGGCCGCCAGCCCGGCCUAUCUCCUCGUCCCGCUGUGCCUGGUGCUGCUGCACGCCGCGCAGCUGCGCAUCUACAGGUCCGAGACGCUCCUGGUCCUGCGGGGCCUCGGCGUCCAGACCAUUUCCCAGGGAGACGGCUUCAUCCUCCCGACGCUCGGGGGCCCCAAGAACCGCUUCAUCCCGACCGAGAAAAUCAGGGACGUCGUCAUCAAUGAGGCCCCGCUGGGCUUCGAGGUGCGUUUCUACCUCGUCAUCAUCGUCGAGGGGGAGGAGGAGCUCGUCGUCGUCUUUCCUCGUCUUCUGCCCCGCAGGCCCGUCGUGGAAGCUGUAUGGAGGGGAGUCAGGGCAUGUCUUCAUGAGCCAGAGUCGGCCGAAAACUCGAAAUAA